UUCGUUUUAAUUUAGCUAACAUUUAAACUAUAAUUUCAACUCAGUAAAAUAUGAAAUAAUUUAAUAAUUGUGCAUUAUAUUAAAAUGGAUUCAAGAAGUUAUUAUCCAAACUAUUUCACUAUAGAAGAUAUUUUAGCAACAAACGAAAGAUUGCCAUGUAAAGUUCUUGAUGAAAUACCUGGAUUAGGUUUUUUAGACCCUUCUUCUGCAAAUGAAAAUUUAAAAGCUGGUACGGUAUUGGAAUUUCCACUUUGGCUAGUGAAAUCAGUGGCUGUUGGCAGAAACCGGGUGAUUACACCAGAAAUUCCAAAAAUUUAUAAAGAACAAUAUAGGGAAAUAUUACAAGCUGAUGCUUGUGCUGUUGAUCUUAGUAGACUUUGCAAUUUUUUCUAUGAAGUAGGAUCUUACAUGUGCCAAUUUGAUCUUAGGGGAACUAUUGCAGAAACUUUAAUAGAAACCUUCAAAAACAGGUUUAGAUAUAUAAUGGAUUUAUCACAAAAUACAGAGAAUAGUACUCAAUCUUCAAAUAAAUUAGACAAUCUUGAAGAAAGUUUAUUAAAAAAUGGUAUCAAUACCACUUUACUUAUGGAUGAAUGGCUAUUGAAAGGACACAGUGCCAUUGCUGCUGGACAAAUGGUUACUGGAUAUAAAAAACGUAAACGAGAUGCCCUGGAUGAAUAA